AUGCCAUUGCUCACUAAGGACGAGCAACUAUUGGACGUGUCGUUCCUUGUAAAAUCGAAAAUGAAGCUGUCGCUGAGGCUGCUGCUGCUGUUGCUGCCACCGCUGCUGCUGAAUGUGGCCGUGGCACAGCGCGAGAGCGCAGGCCGCGCGUCCGUCCUCUCGAUGUUGCGGUGCAAGCAGGUGGACGUCGCCAAGAACCUCUCCUCCGGAUACGGGUGCUUCUGCCACACGAGAUUCCGCCACGCAGAGCCCCAGGACGAAUUGGACUUGUGCUGCAUGAUGGCCCACUGCUGUGCCCGCGCCGCAAUCCUCGACUACUGCCAGUCGGAGAGUGGCCUGCAAACGCUCGAGGCCAAACUCAAGGAGCAGCCCUCCUGCAAGACACAUCGGCCUGCGGCAUCACGCAAGGCCGACGAGCGUUCGGAGGCCACGCUGACCCGAGAUGCCGUGGUAGAGGUGCUGGAGGCCGUGACAGAGGAGUUGAAGGAGAUGACUGUGAAGGAAAAGCAAAGAGUGGAGCGGGAGGCCAACACGACGUGUGAGCGGGUGCUGUACGAGUGUGAGCGGGCGUUGUACAUGUGCGCCAGCGAUGCACCUGUGCGGCCUGAUUUGGUCGGGCUCCCCCAGCAGACACGAGCAGCAGCAGCAGCAGGGCCUGUGCAGGAGGGCGCCAGUCCACACCUCCACCUCAUCGUGGCUCAAGACGCUACUUCGGUUCGCACCACGAUUGAAAGAGAUCCGAGGCGAAUCAUUCCCCAGCGUUGGGGGCUGUUGGAACCCUCUGCCACACCACGCAUCCUGCCUCUCCGUUCGAGUGGCACACUCGGUAGACCUGCACCCUGUGACCCCCCCCACCCAGCCCCACGUGUGAUGCAUGAAACAAGGGAUUUAGAAAAUCAAGAGCAUGAAUUGCCUCCUUCUGUCAAGCUGGGGUGCAAUUCAAUAAUAAAACAGGCUUGUGAUUGUAUUUGCAGAAGCCGCGCGUCCGUCCUCUCGAUGUUGCGGUGCAAGCAGGUGGACGUCGCCAAGAACCUCUCCUCCGGAUACGGGUGCUUCUGCCACACGAGAUUCCGCCACGCAGAGCCCCAGGACGAAUUGGACUUGUGCUGCAUGAUGGCCCACUGCUGUGCCCGUGCCGCAAUCCUCGACUACUGCCAGUCGGAGAGUGGCCUGCAAACGCUCGAGGCCAAACUCAAGGAGCAGCCCUCCUGCAAGACACAUCGGCCUGCGGCAUCACGCAAGACCGACGAGCGUUCGGAGGCCACGGUGACCCGAGAUGCCGUGGUAGAGGUGCUGGAGGCCGUGACAGAGGAGUUGAAGGAGAUGACUGUGAAGGAAAAGCAAAGAGUGGAGCGGGAGGCCAACACGACAUGUGAGCGGGUGCUGUACGAGUGCGAGCGGGCGUUGUACACGUGCGCCAACGAUGCACCUGUGCGGCCUCAUUUGGUCGGGCUCCCCCAGACUCACAACAACACCUACCACCAGUACUACAGCCAGACCUACCAGCCGAUCUUUUUCCUGGCUUACAACCAGCUAUUCGACCAGUUCUAUAGCCAGAUCUUCGAACAGAUCUUCUGA